AUGAAAUCAUUAGAUGAUGAUGAUGUUGAGCUGUUAGAUCUGAUAGCAAGGACCAAGGGAGACCUGAGCCAGCCACGCCAUAUAACAGGCUCCAGUGCCACUCAGCCUGAAGCUGUGGAUUACUCACCUGAGAGGAUAAAAAGAAUGGAGUCUGCUGCAAUGGAGGCCUCGGCACCACCCCCAGUCCCCACAUACCCCCCGGGGUCCCCCAUCAACAAAGCCAUGAAGGGACAGACUAUCAGUGGCACAGCCCCUCAGAUAACCUCAGACUCCUAUCACAAUAGAUACCCCCACUUGUUUGGCAGUAUAGGAGAGCAUGCAGACCCCCUACACAGGAAUGCUGGCACAGGAAAACAAGAAUUCAGGGUACAUUUUCAAGAUUCUUCUCACAAACCAGCUGACACCAAUUUAAAAUAUCAAGAUGAGAUUGAUGCCUACACGUCUUACAAAGUCCAAGGUCAUUUCACUCCACACCCAGGUACUGCCAGCAGCCAACCCAUUAAGUUUACCUCUGGUCAGGUCACAGCAGAGCCAUUGACACAGGAACAGAAUUAUGCUCAACCCCCAGUGCAAGCCCAGUCAAAUAUACCAUACAGCAGUAUCUCCCCAACCAGGAGUGUACAACACCAGCUUGGUCACACUCCUCCUGAGAAACUCCAGCCACAGCCAGAUCAACGCCAAACAACCCUGUCACAAAUACCAUCUAUCCUCGAGCCGCCAUCUUCCAUCAGGCCACCACCAGAUGUCAGCAGUGAGUCAGCGGGGCUAGGCAGAGAAGAACUGCUAAGUCAUCUCUGUGAUCUGGCAGACAAGUAUUGGAAUGGGGCCAAAUCUUUACAUAGGAAUUCCAGGUUUCAAAAGAUGGCCCACGGCUACCUGAAUGAGCACCUGCAGGGCCAAGAUGAGAGCCCUGGCAUGGCCCAGGUACAGGAGCAGAUAGACAGGCUAAAGCAAGAGAAUAGUCAGCUACGGGAACGGCUUGAGAGCCUGGCUAACCAGAGAGCUGAAGAAGAGGAUCCUAGACUUAAAAACACUUUACACCAAGCACAGAAAGAUGUGGAAAUCUUAAGAGAAAGGCUGCAGCAGUCCAUUGAGGAGAACAAGGUGUUACAACAGAGGCUCUCAGCAUCAGAAGGUGGACAACAGACAGCCAAGAACACAUCGUUUACAGGACUAGGUUCCGGCACAGUGGACAGCAGACAUCUUGAAGAGCUGCAUGCAGAAAACCAGAGGUUGCAACACGAGACGGACACGUUAAAGAUCCGUCUGAAGCAGUAUGCCCAGAUGCAGGAACUGGCAUCCAUGUUACAGGAGAGUCACAAGUCUCUAGUGCAGACAAAUGAGCACCUAAUCCGUGAGUUGGAUGAGUCACGAGAGCGUCACAAGGCUGAGGUUCAGCAGCUCCAUUGGAGCUAUGAACAGAUGAAAAAGACUGCGAGUUUUCUGCCCUCCAUGGGGGAUAGCACUCAUACAAAUGGAUAUCAAUAAGAACAGUUUCCUUGUACUUUUUAUUUAUUAUUUAUUUAUAUUUAGUUUUAUUUAUUUUUUUUUUUUCACAUAGAGCGGUAUGUUGUAUUUUGUACUUGUAGCAGGUAAUGAGCAGGAAGAUUUGCAAAUUGGAGUUUAUUUCUUCAAAACAUAAAUUUCUGGUUUCUUCUGAUGUUCCAUACCAGUGAAUGAACAUGGAGCAGACUUAAAAUUGGUAUGCACAGCUGUUGAAAAAAAUUAAUUAACUCUUGGCCUGCAUGACCAGUUGGACUUAAGGGCAUCUGUAUGCAUUCAAAAACAUGUUGACCCUGGGAUCUUUUGGUUUAUUGUGUCAGAACAAGGUAAUUACAGGUGUAAUAUUAAAGCUGCCCAUUUCAAGCACUUUAUUUGAACAAAAACCCUUACAGCAUAGUUUCAAUUUCAAGAUAUAUUGUGCUCAUUUCAUUGGUUUGUGCUGUUUCAUUUAUAUUUAUAAUGAUUUGUAUAUUUUAACAGCAUAAAUAUAAAUAGUCCCAGAUGCUGUUUUAAUAUCAAUCAAAGGAACAGAACAUAUUUUCAGUUUUAUUUUUGUAAUUUUGGUCACUGCCACCAAUUGUAACCAGAGGGUAAACAAUACUGUAUCACAACAAACCAUGGCCACUUAAACUCCUGAAAGGGGAUAUUCUAUAAUAUGAUGCAUCAGCCAAAUAAGAAACUUGUAAAGUUCUUGUAAAGUAGUUAAUUAACAAGCUUACUCUUGCGUCAUUUUCUUUUCAGUCAUUUGACUGGAGUGGUAUCUAUAUUUUUACUUCAACCUUUUGUAUAAUAUUAAGUGUACAUAUCAUUUUGUAUGUGAAGUCCUUUUUUUAUCAAUGUGUAACAUUUUGUAUAAUCCCACCUUUCACUUUUUGCUCAGUAUAAUUAUUGUAAGAUUAUAUAUAUAUAUUUGUUACUGCAUUGUUAUUUCAUUUUCAUUAUUAUUAUUAUUAUUAUUAUUAUUAUUAUUAUUAUUAAUGUAUUUUUCUGUGUGUUCACAUCAGGUCACCAGUGCAGAAUAUGAUAUGAUAACCUUAAGGAAACCAUAGGUUUAGUGCAAUGUAUAUUGUUUUCAUCAGUGGAUUUUUAAAAAAAAUUUAUUUAUUUAUUUAUUUAAUAUUUAUUUUUAGGACUUGCUUCUCUUUUCUCUCUUUAAAGUCACAUGUUGGAGGUUGCAUAGUGUCUUGACACUCCAGGGUCUCAUGACUGCCAGGGUAAUAUCUAUAAUCCCCACCACAGAUCAAUGAAAAUACAUUUAGAAAUGGAAAUUGCACAGUCAGUUACAGAAAUGUCCAAAUUGCAACUUAUUCCAUGGGCGGACAGAGGCCGUCUUCUGGUUCUUCUUCAUUGACCAGCAUCUAAUUAUUUCUGUCGGAAGUCGGGAAGAUGGUCAAAAAUGGAAGAUUGAUCAACAAACUUAAGAUAAUUUAGAAAAUAUCCCUGGAUCCGCCCCUGUAUUUUUCCUGGUUCACUGCCUUCUGUUAAGGAUUACAUGGGUGAAAAUUUUCCAUAUUAUGCUGGAUUGCUAGAUUUUAAGUCUUAAUUCCGUUGCCCUGGACCCACUGAGGGCCCUGCAGCCUCUUCGCCACCCGGCUACAUUUUCAUAAUCAGGAUUAUCAGUUUUUACAAUUUUCACCCAUACUAUCAUAAUGUCAAGAGUGGAAUGUGACAAAACAUUGUUUAUUGAUCGUAUGAGUCUGGGUAGUAUCAGUCUGAUUUAUCACAGAAAGUAUUAUGGAAGACCAGGUGAUUUUCAAUGUUCAGAGAGCUGUGGUCAUAACUGGAAUAUUAUCUUAGAAGCCUAAGCAAUGGUUAUUCUUCAGCCCUUAGGUUCUGAGUUAAUUAGAAACUUGGCUGUUUCAUCACUACAUACACAUGCUGUUUCGGACAACCUAAUUAAGAAGUAAUGCUGGUUUGUAAAAGGAAAUUACAGUAUUCUCUGGGAAAUUAUGGUGGUGUCAAUUGAACAUUAGUGCUUUUAACUCUGUUUCUACUCUAUCAUGACAUGAUUAAUUUGUCGUAAGUCUGUUACAAUUCCAGCCCAAACCGCCUCUGUUUUGGAUUUUCUGGAAUCCUCCUUUCCAUACCAACCACCAAACAAUGGAAUUUGUACCGCCUCAACAACACUGGGGAUUUUAUGCUGGUUAAUGUCUUCCAUGAUAACCAUGUUAUACAUGAUAAGUAUUAGAGAGUGCUUACUGUUUAAAAUGGGACUAAUAGGGGGCAAAUGGUUACAUGUCUGCUUUUAAGGCCUCCAGUUUCGUGUAUUAUCUCCAGGGAAGUGAGAGCUUAACACAGUUAUCCACUCUAACCUCCUAAAAUCAGAUAUUAGGGUUACUAGGUAGCAAAUGGUUACAUAGCCCCCAUUUAUACUUCUGCAUUUAAGACCUCCAGUUUAAUAUAUAAUCUCCAGGGAAGCGAGGACUUAACACAGUUAUUCGUUCUAACCUCCUAAAACCACAUAUUGAUUUUCCAUGCAGAUUCCUGUGUGAGUAGCUAUACUUGUUAGCAUUCGAGUGAACUGCAGGCACUCUCGUAUCUAGUUUAGUGCUUGAUGUAAAGAGGUGAUCUUUUGAUCACGAAAAUUAUUGUCAUUCAAGUGAAGAAGUUUGUUUAUCCAUAAGGGAUCUUCAACUACACUCCUCAGCUGUGAUUUUUAUUGUUAAUAUUUGCCAAAUACCACUUGCAUAUAAUCAAAUUUCAUGGCUAAAUGUACUUUAUGUCACCAUUUCCAUCAAACUUUGCUUCAUAUAUUGUAAAUAUUUAUUUUCUACCUACUCCAAAUAAACUAUA